CAUCACUCCUCUCCCCUUCACUACUCCCCCUCCCUCUCACCCUCAUCCCUCUUCUUUAAUUUCCCUCUCCUCCCCUGCGCGCCUAGCUAUAGACAGCUCCGGCAGUCCUCACCACCUCAGGUGGGGGCGAGGAGGUGAUCCCCCACCCUCCUCACCGCCAUGCUGCCAAGAAGGCAGAGCAUCUUUCACCUCGGGGAGGAGGGUGGCGCCUCCGCCGUGCACCACCGCGUCAACGUCGUCGGCGCGUCGUCGUCGUCCAUGGCCAUGGGCGGCCGGCGCGCGCGCGAGCGCGAGCGUGAGCGCCUCGUCGUGGGGCUCCAGAUCCUGGUGCACCACCACCACCACCACCACGGCCGGCACGCCCACGCGCACGCGGCGAACGUAGUCCUGAAGCAGAUGGUGAGGCCGCGCGCCGUCGCCGUCGCCACCGCUGGGUCGCGCCACGGCCACGGCGGCCACGCCUUCUCCUGCAGCUUCCUCAAGGCCUGCUUCCUCUGCAAGCGGGAGCUCAGCCCUGACAAGGACGUGUAUAUGUAUAGAGGCGACCAGGGGUUCUGCAGCGAGGAGUGCCGGUGGCAGCAGAUCCUGGUGGACGAGCGGGAGGCGGCGACGGCGACGAGCAAGCAGGAGCUGCAGCGGCGAGGGCAGGCGGCGGGGCAGGCCCGCCACUACAGCCCCCACCCCACGCCCAUCCGGGGCAGGCCGCCGCCGAGGAAGACACUUGCCGUAGCCUAGCUAGAGGUCCUUCCAGUCGCCUAAUAAACCGAUAGCGCUGAGAAGGACGAAACAAGUCUGAUGGUGGAUGACAAGAACAGCACUACUACUGCUGCUACUAGCUAGUACGGUCUACUACUGGAGUGAAGUGUGGUUAAAAAUCCACUCUUCUAAUCACCGAGAGGAUGAGCACUACUAGAGGCGUCACCAUCAACCAA